CAAGAAGUUUGAUCUGUGUUCUUCCAGUGGCUGCACCCGAUCUUCUGGAUCCCAAAUCAGCCACUCACAACACCAAGCCACGCCUGUCCUUCUCCAGCAAGCCCAUCGUCUUGAAUUCGAGUGACGACUGCGACACCUUGGUAUCGGUCAUGAAAUGGAAGACUGUAUCCGCCGUCUUCUUCCUGGUGGUCCUCUACCUGAUCAUCGGCGCCACUGUCUUCAAGGCCCUGGAGAAGCCUUAUGAGAACUCCCAGAAGUACGCCAUCUUGAAAGAGAAGCUGGAGUUCCUGGCCAACCACUCCUGUGUAAACUCCACGGAGCUGGAGAGACUUGUGAAGCAAGUGGUGUCAGCGAUGAGAGCAGGUGUCAACCCGUCAGGCAUCCCCUCCAACGAGUCCAGCCUGUGGGACCUGGGCAGCUCCUUCUUCUUCGCCGGGACCGUCAUCACCACCAUUGGUUUUGGGAAUAUCUCCCCUCACACGAAAGGGGGAAGGAUCUUCUGCAUCAUCUACGCCCUUCUGGGAAUCCCGCUCUUUGGCUUCCUGCUGGCUGGUGUAGGGGACCAGCUGGGCACCAUUUUUGGGAAAGGCAUUGCCAAAGUUGAGAAGAUGUUUGUGAAGUGGAAUGUUAGCCAAACCAAAAUCCGAGUGACGUCCACAGUCCUGUUCAUCCUCUUCGGGUGCCUGUUGUUCGUGGCCCUCCCCGCCGUCAUAUUCAAGCACAUCGAAGGCUGGAGCACCCUGGAUUCACUUUACUUCGUGGUGAUCACCCUGACCACCAUCGGCUUUGGGGACUUUGUGGCAGGUGGGUCAGAAAUUGAGUAUCAAGACUGUUAUAAACCCGUAGUGUGGUUCUGGAUCCUCGUCGGUCUCGCCUACUUUGCUGCGGUGCUGAGUAUGAUAGGUGACUGGUUCAGGGUCAUAUCCAAGAAAACAAAAGAAGAGGUUGGCGAGAUCCGUGCCCACGCAGCCGAGUGGACGGCCAAUGUCUCGGCGGAGUUCAAGGAGACACGGCGGCGCCUCAGCGUGGAGAUCUACGACAAGUUCCAGCGGGCCGCGUCUAUCAAGCGCAAGCUGUCGUCCGAGCUGGGCCUCAACAACACGCUGGAGAUGACCCCGGGCAAGCGGACCCUGUCCGUCAACUUCAUUGACGAGCGGGAUGGGGACUUUUCCCUCCCGCCCCUCACCAGAAACAGCAGCCUAUACUUGAAUGGUCUCGGCUUGGACUGCCCAGAGCGGGGGGAGAUAGCCAUCAUCGAACACAUCAAAUGAACCAUCUGAUGCCCGCGCCACGGCCAGUGCCACCUGUUUUAAAUUGUACCAAAUGCCAGCUGUGUCGAAAUGGAUUUACAUCACCAAGUAUCAUCUCCGUGUGUGUGUGUUACUGAUCGGAAGCAGUCACGAUCCAAAACGACAAACUUUCAUCACCGUUGGUCGCAUGCUUUCUUGGACAAGAAUGGGUCUGCCAUUAUCAAUGUACCAGAACACUGAAAGGUCACUUUAUGCCUUGUACCAGCCAAAUGGUCUGUCUGUAACUGAUUGGGGGGAAGAUGCCAAUGUUCUUUCACGAGAAAGCAAAACCAGUCUCUCCAUAUCUGUUCUUUUAAUUUUCCUCUUCUUUUGUAAACCAAGGAAUAAUACUUGUGCCUUAAGUGUUUUGAGGAGUCAUUUCUUUCCCAAAAAUGUGUGCAUGCCAAACGAAAAUGCGAAAAGUCCUCCAUCUUUGCUCUUUUGCUUAUUGAAGAGUUUCCUACAGUUAAAAGAAGUGUUGUUUUCAUAUGGGGUAAUACAUUUGAAUAUGCAUUAGUUGCUGAGCAAAGACAGAACAGGCAGAAAACCAGUCUCUGCAUUUCUGCUUGUUUCUGCUCUGAACCCCUUGCCUGAGUCUCAACAUACUUUUAUGGAUUUUUAUGGUUCGCCUCCACAGCACUGUCAGCAUAUUGAGGUGCCAGAGACUUUCUAGACCUGUAGACCAAGAGCCAUCUAGCAAGAUUUUUAAAGUGGGCAUAUUCGUUUUUAGCUGCGGACAAGCAGAAACAAGAAUCGAUCUGAUCUCAGCAGUUUAAUUGUUAUUUUUGUGGGUAUUUCUUUUCGCUUGUUACAGGGUGGCUCAAAACAUUGGUUACAGAAUGGAAGGUGUGAGACACUGUCCACAGCAAAACACAGUACAAACACUUUAUGCGAAUGCCAAAUGUUAAGCACCCUGAUCAAAUGUGGGUGCCUUUUUUAGAUAAGUUCAGUGCAGUAAGUAGCACAUGCUGUGUUUGUUAUUGGCAGACAUGAAAUAAUGACACAGCUGACUCUCAUUGACCAGACAGAGUGAGGGGAAACUGCUUUGUGGUUUGCCUGUCGUUUGCCUCUAUCUGUGCUUUUCUCAAGUCAAAUCAUUUCUUAAAUUGAUGUGGGGGAAAUGGCUCCUUUUAAGUCACUGCUCGUCAGACUGUUCAAUGGAUGAUUCAUUUUUUUUAUCAUCAAGCACAUCUACUUUUUCAUACUGAAGUGAUCACAUACAGGACUGUUUUUUCUAUCAUAAAUCGUUGGGGAAUACUGUACUAGAGGCUUUUGACUAGUUGUAAUGUAACUUGCAGAGAGAGGCACAGAGAGGAAUGACUUUGAAUGUUACUUGAAUAAAACAUAAGUAGUUAUAUGUAUGAAGACAAUGGGGGAUAUUUUGAGGGAGGUGUCAUAUUGUUAACAUGCCAAUACCACAUGUGGGGAUCAGAUAUUCCUUGAGUGUUCCACUAGCCAGUUCUACGAGAACCCCAAAAUGAUGAUAGCUAGUUGCUCGAGGGAUACUGAAACCCAUUUAUAUUUAUAUAUUUGAUCAGUGUGAUUGUUCCCUUGGAAUCAAACCAAUGAUUUUAGCAUUGUUAGCAUGUUAGCUGUCAGUUCUAAUAUGCUCACUGGGUCUCAAAUCCUACCCAGCACCUUGCUGUACCAAUUGGGUUGGAGGAACAUAUGGGGGUGGUUGGUAUGUUAGCAUAAUGUUACCUCUUUCUGCUAAGCCUAUUGAGUUGAUAAUGAAGAGGUCUCGAAACAGAGAAGUAAUCAUGACAACACAACCCAAUCCAUAUAGAUGACCGUGUGAAAGAAGACGAAGAAAAAAAAUACACACACCUGCCAUUCAAAAAUGCACUUUUAUUUAACAGCCUUUUAGUUACAAAAAUGCUAUUGUGUACACUGAUGAUUUCUGUCACCAUGAAUGAUUUUGUAUUUACGUUAUGUAAAGAUAUUGCAUUUCCAUCCUAAUUUGCAAUGUUAUCACACACAUAGCACAUAAUGUUAAUGGUCCUGUGCCCUACUGAUAGCAACCCUAAUUUUACAAAGGAAGCUUUUUUCGAAAGAAGACAAAGACAUCAGAUUAUCGAAACAAGUAUUACAUUGAAGAAACAGUAUUAACAAUCAUGUAUAAGACAUACAUUUGAAAGGAAAGGAGAAAAAAAAUCAUUAUUGGAGUAAUGCAUA